CUCUGAGCAAGCAACAAUGGAGCCAUCUUUUUCGAACCAAGAGAGAGUGCUAACAACAAGGGAACAGCUUGACGGAACGAUGGAUCUCUGGCAGGAUCAACUGAUCUCGUCUUUCCUGGAGAUCGCUGUCGGUCAGACCACAGAAACCGCAAGGGGAUUCUUACAGACAUCAGGUUGGAACAUUAAUGAAGCCAUCGACCUCUUUCUGAUCACCAACAACAACAAUUCUGAUUCUUUCACUUAUCACGACAAUCAUGAAGUCCAGGACAGGGCAACAUCAGGAACGUAUGAUAGUUCAAACUCUGAUGAAGAUAGUUCAAACUCUGACGAAGAAUCAGACUCGGAUUUGUCUUCCUCGUAUUCUCCUCCUUCAUAUAUACUUCAAGAGGGUUAUUUUGAAGAUAUGAAGUCUUUCUCAAGUGAAAAGAAUCGAUGGUUGAUAGUGAAUCUCCAGUCCAGGACGGAGUCAGCUUCUCAUACACUUAAUGAAGAUGUAUGGUCAAACUACGUGAUUGCUCGAGCAGUUGAGUCCAACUUCAUCUUAUGGCAGGUCUAUAAUGACACAAUCGAAGGUCAGAAAAUCUCUAGUUUCUACAAGAUCGAAUCUGCUCCUCCUGUGGUGCUUGUAAUCGAUCCCAUCACUGGCCAGAAGAUGGGUAUGUGGAGCGGCGUGAUUGAAUAUGACAGUCUUUACGAGGAAUUGAUGAAGUUUACGGACGCUGGUCCUCAGGAAUACAUUGCUUCUCUGAUAAGGAACAUGCGGACGGAAACUACAGAGACUUGUUUGUCAAGCAACAUCGCCUAUGAAACCCCUGCUCCUUCCUGGGGUGAAGAAUUUGAAGGAAAGGAGGAUACUUGGUCAUCAAGUAACAACAAUAACAAUCAAGUUGCGGAUCCUUCUUUGGAGCAAGAAUAUGAAGAUGAAGACGCGUGGGAGACUCGGUCGUCAUGUAGCAACAACAGUGAUGACUUCGUGCCUCCUUUUAUUGGGGAAGAAUAUGCAGAGUCUGAUGAGGCUUGUUUAGAGUUCCCAGUUUUGACUGAAGAGCCAAAGGGAGACUGUGAUCCAAGCGUUUUGUGUAGUCUGUGCAUUCGAUUUCCAGAUGGGAGGAGAAAGCCGAGGAAGUUUCUGAAGAGCGAACCGAUUCAGCUUCUCUGGUCUUUCUGUUAUUCUAACAUGGAUGAAUCUGAGAAAAAGGCUUUCAAGCUGGUGCAGGCGAUUCCCGGUGCUUCCAAGACUCUAGAUUAUGGAGCUGACACCACGUUCGACCAAUCUGGGCUCGCUAAUUCGAUGAUCUCGGUUACUUGGGAAUGAAGCUUUCACGGUUUGAGUUUAUCGGAUAUGGUGGUGCUGAGUUGUUCCUUCUUUAGUCUUUCUAAGUUCAUUGUGAAGAAACA